AUGAGCCUGCCAGAAUACGUUACACGUUUCUUUUCUCCCAACACCGGACGAACUUGUGCUCAGACGCGUGAAGGGACCAGGGUACCAGUGGAGACCGUACAUUCCGACGCAUCAAGCGCGGGCAUAAGUCGCAAGGGAGACAGCAUAACUUUCGCCAUUUCUCGCCAUUCUCAUUCGACGAGAACAGCUUUGGCCGUUUCCUUGGCCCAACCGGCGAGAUAUCGCCAAUUUGAAAUCGACAGUGAUGAAAACGAAGAUGCCCCGGAUUCAGACCAUGAUGCUACACUUUCAGAUGGAGCCCCUUCCAGAAACCCUCGAGGACCACAACCCGACACCGAGCCAGAAGAUACGGGACCUGAGGACCAAGCUGAGUUGACCAAUUAUGAAGAGGAAAGAGAGGUCCCACUCAGCGCUUGGGUCCAUCUCAUGACAAAUCACUGUCGAGUGAAAUGUGUCGGACCCACGACGAACAGCAAGCAAGACAACAUCAUAUGUGGCAAGCUAAAGAGCAAGUGCCGACUCCGCCUCCACAAAGAACUUCGAAGCAGUGGCGAACGGGCAGCCCCACGUUGGUAUGAAGGAGUCCCAUCUACCAAGGACAUUGACAAGGAAACUGGGGAAUUUAUUAUUCACGGUCAACAAUAUG